UUCUGGCUGCUCUUCAUGUUCAUCUGACCUUUACUGAACAUUGUGUGAACCUGAUGGACAACACCUUUGUGGAAGRCAAAGAGCCUGAUCUAAAUGUUCUUUACCAGAGUGCUGUGGAAAAGGCCUUASGCAGUCCGAAUGGACACUUGGAUCUCUUCCUCCGCUUCCUUCUGGGUCUUUCUCUCCAGACCAACCAAUCUCUCCUUAUAGGCCUGCUUAAAUGGACCACAGAUUUGAGCAGGCCUAUGCACUCAGACCAGUGCGUAAAGAAAUACACUGAAAAAUCUCUAUGCUUCGAGAAAAUGUUGUGUCUGUUCCACUGUCUGAAUGAAACUAAAUAUAGUUCAGUGGUGGAGGAGAUCCAGCAGUACYUGACUUCAGGACGCCUCAGAACGCAUGACUUGUCUGCUGCUGAGUGGUCAGAUCUGGUYUCCAUCAUUCUGUCUUCAGAAAGUAAUYUGGAUGUCUUUGAACUCAAGAAUUAUGGUGAUUCAGAGAACAUUCUUCUGAUGCUGCUGCCAGUGGUCAAGGUCUCCAUUAAAGCUCUACUGGGAGGUUGUGRGCUCUCUAGGAGAACAUGUGAGGCCUUGUGCUCCAUUCUCAGCACCCCAAUAUGUAGCAUAAUGGAGCUAGAUUUAAGUAACAACAAUCUGGAGGACUCUGGACUAAAUCUGCUGCUGCCUGGAGUGAAAAAUCUUGAUUGUAAACUGGAAAUUCUGAGAUUGAGUCGCUGCAACUUGUCCGAUAAAAGCUGUGACAGAUUGUCGUCACUUUUCUGCUCCCGGCCUUGUAGUCUGAGAGAGCUGGACCUGAGCAGCAACAGCCUGCAGGAUGCAGGAGUGAAGCCGCUGUGUGCUGGGCUGCAGAGUUCACACUGCAAACUGGAAACGCUCAGACUUAGUCUGUGUGACCUGUCAGACAGAAGCUGCCAAUCCAUCUGCUCCAUCCUGUCUUCUCACACUUCACUUUUGAGAGWSCUGGACCUGAGCAACAAUGACCUCCAGGACUCUGGAGUGCAGCUUCUGUGUGAGGGACUGGAGAGUCCAAACUGCAAGCUUGAGUCGCUCAGCUUGUCAGGCUGCAUGAUCACAGAGGAAGGCUGUGCUUCCCUGGCUUCAACUCUGAGCUCCAAGCCUUCAGCGCUGAAGCAGCUGGACCUGAGUUACAAUCAUCCAGGAGAAUCAGGACUUAAACUGCUGUCAGCAGGUCUGGAUGACCCAAACUGGGGACUGGAGACUCUCAGUACGGAGCCUGAUGGAGUCCGAUGGUUGACCCCAGGUCUGAGGAAGUAUUCCUGUCAACUCACCAUCGACAGAAACACAGUGAGCAGAAACCUGAAGCUUUCUGAAGAYAACAGGAAGGUGACGCGUGUGGAAGAGGAAACAUUUCCUGACUAUGAGGAGCCUUAUCAGCUGCUCUGUAGUAAUGGUCUUACUGGCCGUUGUUACUGGGAAGUCGAGUGGACAGGCGAGAUUGACGUGUCAGUAAACAGAGAAAGGGAAGGGGAAGAGGAAGACAAGGACAGGAACUCUCCACUGGAAUCGAUGGAUCUCAGCUGGAGUUUGGGAUGUUCUGAUAAUAUUGGUUACUCAAUUUGGAAAGAUAAUAGCAAACUAUCUACUGUAGAUUUCUCCAACCAUCCUGUUUCUCCAAAAAUAGCAAUGUACUUGGACUGUCAGGCUGGAACUCUGUCCUUUUUCACUGUURAUGCAGAAUCCCUGAGCCACAUCCACACAUUCAACACAACGAUUGCAGAAUCUCUUUAUGUUGGUUUUAAAUUCUUUUUCACCAAUAGCUCUGUAUCGUCUGUAAGAACCACUGGCCCUCUUUGCUAGAGAAGCAUUUAAACCAAAUACCAAGAACUUUUGGAAGUUCGUUUGGAAGAUAAAUGCCAUAUUUGUUGUUUCACAGGUACAACACCAUGGUCCAGUCAUUCUCAAAUUCAUUUUCAUAAUCAAUGAACUGUUUCUCAACUUUAAAAGCAUGGAUGUAAGUGUGUCUGUAGAAUCUAUACAAUGUAUCAUAUUGGAAAURUUCUGCUACAAUCUUUUCUCAAAAUACUUCAUAUUGCAAAAAUAUAUCAAGUAACUCCAAAUAUCAAAGUUUAAAAUUCUUUUGUCUUAUUACAGACAGUUAAUGUUGAAGUACAAACAAUAUUUAUAGGUGUUUAGAUUCUGUCUCAAACAUUGAAA